GAAACCAAGGGACAAACACCUCUCAAUUUUUAGGAAUAGGAAUCAGUUACGACGUUACAUCUCUCGACUGGACACCCUCUCUCCCCCUCUCUCAAGCCUCCGUUAAAGCAUCAACUAAUCCAGAUCCAGUCACUCAAAUCUACUCAUCCAAUCCAUUUUUAACUACAUUGAGUUGCUAGCAGAAAUGCAUACUCGAGGUGGAUCAAGUAGCCGGGGGCAAUCCGGUUUAGGAUUCGGGUCACGGGUUUCUUCUCUUUUGCUAGCCAUGUUUGCAACCAUGGCUACAAUUUAUGUUGCUGGCCGUUUAUGGCAGGAUGCAGAGACUAGAUUACAUUUAGUUGAAGAACUUGAUAAAAGAAUUGGACAGGGGAAAUCUGCUGUUUCUGUUGAUGAUACAUUAAAAAUCAUAGCUUGCAGGGAGCAACAGAAGAGGUUAUCAGCUGUUGAGAUGGAAUUAGCUGCAGCGAGGCAGGCAGGUUUUGUUUCGAACAAAUUGGUUGAUAAGGGUGAUGGGCAUUCUAAGAAAAGGAUUUUAGUUGUUAUUGGAAUUAUUACAACGUUUGGUCGAAAGAAGAAUAGGGAUGCUAUUAGGAAGGCGUGGAUGCCUACUGGUGCAGCCCUAAAAAAAAUGGAGGAUGAAAAGGGCAUUGUUUUGCGAUUCGUAAUAGGAAGAAGUGCAAAUCAUGGAGACAGUUUGGACAGGGAGAUCGAUAAUGAAAAUAGGCAGACUAAUGACUUCAUUGUUCUCGAUGGUCAAGUGGAAGCCACAGAGGAGCAACCAAAAAAGUCAAAAUUAUUCUUUAUACAUGCUGUGGAGACCUGGGAUGCUGAAUUUUAUGCUAAGGUCAAUGAUGAUGUUUAUGUUAAUAUUGAUGCCCUGGGAGCAACCCUUUCUACUCACUUGGAUAAACCUCGCACUUAUAUUGGGUGUAUGAAAUCAGGCGAAGUUUUUUCUGAGCCGACCCACAAAUGGUAUGAACCAGACUGGUGGAAAUUCGGCGAUGCAAAAUCAUAUUUCCGACACGCAUCAGGUGAAAUUUAUGCCAUUUCACGAGCUUUGGCUCAGUUUAUUUCAAUUAACAGGUCCCUUCUCCGUACAUAUGCCCAUGAUGAUGUCAGUACUGGGUCAUGGUUCAUUGGGCUUGAUGUACAGCACAUUGAUGAAUCAAAAUUUUGCUGCUCCUCAUGGGCCACAGGGUCAAUAUGUGCAGCUGUGUGAUUGGAUCUGCCUUGUUAACACUGCACCUGAAUCUAAUACAUAGCAAGGUAGGCCAUGUCAACAUGCAACAAGAAAGGAUUCUGUUUGCAUUUCCCUUUGCGUGAACCCUCUCUCUGGUUUCUGAUGACAGACACACGAACAUCAUGUAAUGCAUCUGGUGAGAGUUGAUCCUGAUUGCGAUGAAAGUGUGAAAUUGUUGAUAGAAGAUGUAUUGUGAUACUCUCGCCUUUAGACAACCAGUCUAGGUUCGUUCAAAACCUUUGGGCGAGCCACUUAGCAAUUAUGAAGAUUUUUUACACUGCAGGAGAAGUUUCUCACGGAUAUGUCUUGUAAUUGGUUUCUGAGCUGAUUCUUGAAAUUCUGUUGUCGAGUUAUCCUUAAGAACAAUUAAAGAGACUCGGAUUCUUUUGGAUUUCUUUUCUCAGGGGGAAGUAGAUCCUUGUUGUACUUGGGUAACUUAGAACAGUGUACUCUUUGAUUGUCAUGUUCUUUAUAAACUAUCACUGACAAUUAGAAUGUUCAUGGAUUGGUUUCUAAAACAUUUUAUGACUGGCUUUCCUUUUGACUA